UAUUUUGCUUUCUGGCGUCGUAAAAAAAACGGCGUUGCAACUUUCUUUGAAUGCUUCCUAAACGUGAAAAUCUACUCUACCGCGUGGUAUAGUUCGAUUUUCCACUACACUUUUUAAUAUAAAUAGAAAAAUAUACGUAAAAAUUGGUGCAAAAUCUGUGUCUCUCCGCGUUCAGUGAUUGUUUAAACAUAUUUAAAUAUUAUAAAUGCAUAAAAAACGAAUAUCGUUGUAUUCAGGAAAGUUUAUAUAAUCUUUUGAUAUAAAUAGAAUCUUAGUAUCUUUUAUAGUUACCUAACAAAAUUGGAAUAAAUUUGAAAAAUGUGUUUUUUUUAAGUCUCAAAUUUUUCAAAAAUUGUACGUGCUAGUGAUAAACUGGUUGCAGAUUCGUAAUCAGCAUAAGAAAAGCUAUAAGAAUCAUUGAACGGAUAUUGAAACGCCAAUUGGUCGUUGAAAAGUUUUAAUAUUUUUAGAAAGUAUGUAAUUCUGAAAGAGGUUUUUAUUAAAACAAAAUAUACGUUUCUCAGAAAGAAAUGAUCUUGUUAUUACCAGACACUCUCAUAUCAAUUUAGGGUCAUUUACAAUGACCCCUUACUAUAUAUUCUGUCUAUGAGAAAAAUUGUGAUAACACUGCAUUUGCUGUGACAGAAGUUUUAUAAAUAUAAGUGUGAAAUAUACGCAUUAUUCAGUUUUCUACAAACCACGUAAUUACAUGCAAGAGAAAACAUGAAGUUUAAAAUAUUUUUGUUUUUAUUCUUCUUUGCACUGUUUAUAAUUGAUAAUAGUAGUGCCAAAUUCAGUUUUCCAAAAUUUGGAAAAUUUGGUGGAAAAAUUGGUGGAAGAGCACCAAGUUCAAGUAGGAUAUCUCAUGCAUCAUCAGGUAGAGUGACAUCACAUGGAACAUCAUCUAGAGGGUCAUCACAUGGAACAUCGCAUGGAACAUCACAUGGGGACAUAUCACAUGGAACAUCACAUAUAACAAGAACUCCAGUAAAAAGUUCAGGAGAUUUCUUGAAAGCUGAAGGUGGAGGAGCUACAAGACCAGUUGCGCCUCCCUCAACAACUAAUCAAGGUCGUUUACCAGGAGUUGUAACUGACAGUAGACAAACUUCACCUUACCAGCCAUCUGCACCACAAGACCACAUUAUGAAAUCAUCUGUAACCUCACUGCAAAAUCAAGACAAUAAACCAGGUCACACAAAUCCUUCUUGGGGCAAUCCUUACUUAAAUAACAAUAAACCAUCUAUACCGGGUCAACCACACACUCCAUUGAGUAAUUCUUAUCCAGAUAUCAACAAGCCACCUGCACCAGUUCCUCAAGCACCCCCAAUUGGACUUAAAGAUCAUGUUUAUCCACCACCUAUUCAACCUGGGCAUCCACCUUAUCCUACUGGAAAUUCUCCUUAUCCGGGUGGAUAUUCCCCAAAUCCUUCUUGGGGUAAUCCUUACUUAAAUAACAAUAAACCAUCUAUACCAGGUCAACCACACACUCCGUCGAGUAAUUCUUAUCCAAAUAUCAACAAGCCACCUGCACCAGUUCCUCAACCACCUCCAAUUGGAUUUAAAGAUCAUGUUUAUCCACCACCUAUUCAAUCCGGGCAUACACCUUAUCCUACUGGAAAUUCUCCAUAUCCGGGUAGAUAUCCCUCAUAUCCUUCUGGAAACGCUCCUUAUCCUAGUGGAUCUUAUCGACCUACUGGAGGGUAUCCCCAUGCCCAUAUUCCUCACUCUCCGUGGGGUAAUUCUUCGGGUACGUCUUUUAGCUCAUUAGGAAAUCCUUACUCGAUGCAUCCUCCUGGACAAUCUUUCAAUUCACCUGGACCAUCUUAUUAUCCUCAACAAACCCAUGUUUUUGCUCAACCAGCAGCACAGCCUUUUGUACCUGGUCAAACUGUUAUAAUGAUGCCGGGGCAGCAAGAUUCUGGUCGAGGUUUUGGUCAAAUGGUUAAGGAAGCACUUGUGUUUUCAACUAUCAAUGCAGGAGUAAAUAGAUUGAUAAAUCCUCAUACUCAUUAUAUAGAAAGUAAACCAGCAGAAACUGCCCCGUCAACUACAACUCAUAUUACUUACAAUAAUCAAUAUUUUAAUACUGAGCCUGGAACAAUGAAUUCCACAAAUGUACCAUUAGCAAAUGUUCCUAGAAGCAAUCCGACUUUAAGUGGGACUUCUGCUCCAGCUGAAGGGCCUAACAGUGGCCCUGUAUUAGGAACUGGGAAUACGUAUGUUCUAAAUAUUUCUGGUAGUACAAAUCCUACUUCAGCUGGAGUACCCAAUUCAGCUGGCACCAAUACUGGAGUUAUUGGGGCUACAUCUGGUGUAAAUGGAAAUUUAUCUGCUGCAACAAGAUCCAAUGCAUCUAAUGAUCAAAACAGUUCAUCUGGAUAUCCCAGUACUGUCGAUAACACGGUUUUCAACAGAAUUUCUGAUAAAGAAUUAUUUCAAAUAACGGAAGAACUUUUUGCCAAAAGUUCAUUCAACGUAUCUAAAUACUUAAAACUAAAUCUUCAGAAACGUGUUACAUCCCCUAAUGUAACGGAUGAAGCUAAAGAACCUUUAUUCGACGUAGAUUCACAGUUGUUCGACUAUCCAACGAUACACGUAACACGAUCCUUAUAUGAUAGUUACGAACAUGAUUUUCGUAAGAAAAUAAAUCGUACUGUUGAGUUACGAAAAAUGGAGGACCUUUUGAUCGACACUUUCCUCCAUACAAAUGUUAUGUCAACGGCAAUGAAUUGGUUGGCUGAUCGUGGCUUUAUUGACCCCGACGAUUUUGAAAGAAAAGAUGUACUUCGUCGUAUUUGGUUCACCAUGUUCAGCGGAAGUACCUGCGGAUUCGAACGGGUAUUUGCGUCAGAAAAUUAUGAGACAGCCAUCAUCGGUGUGCAAGAUUGGAUUUAUUUUGAGAAUCAAGAAUCUUUAAACCGCAUAGAUUACAUGGGAUACGUAGAUAAAUUGGAUUUAGGAAAUAGCUCUUCUUCGUUGGUGAAAUUAAACUUCCAAAUGAAUGGAAUUAUAAGGCCCAACGCAACGAUAUUUGUGGGCACUUUGCCCGAGUUAGAAAUGGCUUUGUAUACUAUCUGCUUUUAUGCCCGGUCAAAUAGUCUUUGCCCGGUUAUGUUGGGCAAAACUCAGUUCAAUAUUUACACACAUUCGUUCAUAUAUUUCGGAAACGAAGUGAUAGACCUCGGUCUUCCAAUGUUCUAAUACACGAGAUAUGUAGCAUAAACGUAGUAUACAGUUAUAGACUAGAAUUUAGUAUGUAUUUUAUAUAUUUUGUACGUGAUAACUGUUGAUGAUAAUAAACAUCGUUAAACAAUUA